AUGACUGCUACUAGCCCCGUGUGUAGCCCCUCGUCCUCCAAGUCCACCCAGUCCACCUCCACCUCCUCCACCGGUGCGACCUGCCCGACAUCCUGCCACCGUCGCCUGAAGAAAGGUCAACCCCUGCAGACGCCCUUGCCCCUGCGCUCUCCCCCGGGGGUCUGGCUCAUGCUGGGAGUGGCUGUGGUCUUCGUGGGUCUUUGCGUGGCCAUCGCGGGCUACGUUUCGUCCCCACCCAAACCGCCCAUCGGAGGCCGGGGCAGCACUCACGUCGAGAGGAUGAAACUCGCCGGCCCGAUCGUCAUGGGCAUCGGUUUGUUUAUCUUCAUCUGCGCCGCUACGUUGCUCUACGAAAACAGGGACCGGGAGGUGAGGAGGCAGGAGAAGUUUGAUGAUCUUGAGGAUUUGAAAGGCGGGAUGGCGGUUGAGGAUUGUUCCGGAGGGCUCGACUGCGUGCAGGAAGCGUGGGCGGCCCCGGCACACCUGCUUCCGCUUUCUCAAAACAAUUCUUCCCCGCCCCUGGGGUCGGUAACGCCGCAAGCCCAAAGAAGCGACGCACCCAGACUUGCGGCAACUCUUGCUCGGGUUUCUACAGAGAAGGAACGCAAAUACAAGGGGCAGACGCUUUUGGCUUCUGUUUUGUACCAUCAGGAGCCCAGACCUCUGCCCCCGCCCUCUCCCUGCCUCUCCAUCUCCCGCUCUUCUAUCUGCUCUGACUUGUUUAACUCGAUGGAGGUCAACUACGACAUACGGACUGCGUCGCCUUUGCCGACCGAACAGUGA